CCCAUUCCUUCACCAUGUGCACCCUCGAGCAGCGUUCCAACCUCUUCAUCCUAACACUGACGGGCAACGACGACGAGCAUCGCCUCAGCCCAACUCUAAUCGCCGCCAUCCUCUCGGCUCUCCGCCAAGUCAAGUCCGUAGCUACAAGCGGAUCCGUUCUCAUCACAAACUCCCAAGGCAGGUUCUUCUCCAACGGACUCGACCUACCGUGGGCCUUAGCCGCAGGAUGUCGAGUCAAGGCUCUAUCCAGACUCUCCCAAAUGGUGGAGUCCCUGCGGUUCGUGGUCGCCGAGCUCGUCUCCCUCCCCAUCCCCACGAUCUCCGUGGUCCAGGGCCACGCCGCGGCGGCAGGGUUCGUGCUGGCCCUGAGCCACGACUACAUGCUGAUGAGGGAGGACAGAGGUGUGCUUUACAUGAGCGAGAUCGACCUCGGGGGUUGCUUGCCGGACUACUUCACCGUCCUGUUUCGGGCCAAGAUCGGGUCGGGGCUGGCCCGGCGUGACAUCUUGCUGAGAGGGCAGAAGGUGAAGGGGAGAGAGGCGGUGGAGAUGGGGAUAGUGGAUGGUGUUUGGGGUUGCGAGCAGAGCUUGAGAGUGGCGGCAAUGGAGCUUGCUGAGCGGCUGGGAUCGAGGAAGUGGGAUGGAGAGGUGUAUCAAAAGAUGAGGAAGGGGUUGUACCCAAAACUCUGCAUCGUUGUGGGAGCUGUGGAAGGUCGGAUUCUUCCAGCUAAAUUGUAAUGAAACAUGAAAGCCAGCUGGUCUCGAAAAAUCAACAUUGAUGCAUGGGAGAUAUGUUCCUAAAAUAAUAGCCUUUCUGAUUUCCGACCUUGGGAGUUCGGACUUGUUGGUCAUCUUGAUUGGACUUGAUUGUAGGGCUUGUAAUAGUAUUUGGUUUUCUCCAAUUAAGGCCUGUAUUUCGC